AUCUUGGGUUAUGCAAACUUGGUUUUAAAAACAAUAUUACCUUGAAAUGGGCCUCCCGAAACACAACUUCCCCAAAAUUCUAUUCAUUUUUAAGUCGACGCCCUUCGUUAAAAAAUUUGGUAGAUUGAAUCUAAGCAGAUAAGCGAGCCAACCGAAGCGACACGGGGGCGAGAGCUAUGGAGCUAUUCUAUCUGCUGUGCUCAAUCCUCUCCGCCUUCUUCACAUCGCUAGUCCUCUCUUGCCUCCUCCCCUUUCGUGCUCUCCUACGUUGCCUGUGCUCCUCACGCUCCGUCGGUUCUUCUGCCGCCACCGGAGAAGACCCUGUCUCUCUCUACGAGGGUACUGUCUGGCACGAGCGCCGGCGUCCUGUCCACCACUCCUUCCGCUAUGCCGUCCGGUAUGCGCUCGUUGACAUUGACAGCGCGCCUAACGUUUUACCCGACCAUCUUUCCGGCGACGAAGCUCGCCGAAUCGCCGGAACCACCGGGCCAGUUUUUCUCUUGACAAUUCCUCCUAGCGUGGGAUACGAACAAAAUCCACUGAGUUUGUAUUAUUGCUAUGAUCUAGCAGCAUCUACUCAGAAUUUGAAGCAGUGCAUUGCUGAGGUAACCAAUACACCUUGGGGCGAAAGAGUAACUUUUGUUUUCAAUCCAAAUUUUGAUUUAGUAGCAAAGCCGUUACAUGUCAGUCCUUUUAUGGAUAUGUAUGGGAAUUGGAGCAUCAAAGCAAAUGUGCCUGGAGAUAAUCUGUUAGUAGCAAUUACAGUUCAACAUCCCAAGCUUGGCAAUUAUUUCACAGCUACAUUGACAGCCAAAAAGGUCUCUUCCUCAUUGGUGGUUGAUCGAGAACUAUUCUUCUGGUUGAUGCCCCAUAAGGUUGCAAUCUGGAUAUAUUGGCAUGCUCUCAAGCUCUGGUGGAAAAAUGUGCAAUUCAUCCAUCAUCCAAAGUGUUCCAACCCAGCAUAUAGGGAGGAAGCUUCAGUACGUGAUAGAAAACUCAAAUGCUGUCAGGCCUCUGGACUGGGCGAGGAUGAACAUAUGCUAGUUGGAGGAAGUGGUCCAGAUUUUGUGGCUGACAAUUAUGAGGAGGAUCGAUGGUUUUCAUGGAGAGAUGCUAAAUGGCCCUGGUGUUGAAUGAUAACAGGAGAAAGCUGAUAUUUGACAUGGAUAUGCUGAGUUAUGGACUUUGAAUUACCUCACAUGUUCAAGGAUUCCUAUUAUUUCCCAGAUGGAAAAUGUUUAUUUCUAUAAUUUUCUAAUGAAGAUGUUCCUUUUAUUGUGUUGAAGUAACUAUUGCUUUUCCCUCUCAAAAAUGAUCAUCCACAGGCACCAUGGUAUCAAGACACUUGCCAUAAAGGAGGCGGCAGGAGUUUCUGUCACACGUGAUCGGGUGAUUUUCUAACGGUAAAUUGGGUGGGGCAGGUUCUAUGCCUGAUGAGCUAAGGAUGUGUUUGUAUGAGAAUAUUUGGAAGUACCAAGAGUUAAAAUCUCAAAAUUUUUAUCUUUACUCCUCUGGAUCAUGGAAAAAUACCACGGGUAAAAUUGUCAAAUUCUUAAAGUUAUAUUUUAUUUGUUAUUAUUAUGGGAAAAUUAUGUUUUGGGCCCAACUGAGCUCAAAAAUUAAGCUA